CUACCCCCGCCCCACCCCCCUCAACACUGCAGCCACUCACAGUGCGCUGCGUCAACUUCACUCCAGUUAACUCUCACUUUCUGUUCAGGAGGUUUCCCUGUUUCUUUGUCCCACACACAGAGCAGAUUUCACCUCUCUCAUUUGUGGUGUCGUAUCUCAUUUGUUAACACACUUUCGUGUUCAAGUCAUGGCUGAUAUCCCAAUAAAUAAGAUGGUGAGUUCCCUAGAAGAAGAUGGUGGAGAACUGGAGGGGGCUAAGAAAGAGCUGGAGACCUGGAAGACUAAAGCAGAGAAAGCUGAUGAUGUGAAAGCCAGGUUGCUCUUGGAAAAACUGAAUGAAGAGGAAGCCAAAGGCACGGCCAUGAAGGAGUGUUUGGAUUGUGCGGAAAGAGAAAAGGAUUGUGAUAAGGAAUUCACUCAAAGCAUGAGAGCAGUCGAGGAUGAAAUCCUGAAUCUUGGUAACCGCAGACAGGCUUUGCUGGACAAACUGAAGAGAUGCCAAACUGAGCUGGAGGCCAAGAGGGCCGAAACCACCAAACUGAAACACAAAUUUAAGAUCUACGCCCAGAUUCCAGACACAGAUGUGAACUUCCGGAGUCAGUAUCAAGAGCAAAUAGGGGAUGGCAGUGAGCCAAUCAGAGGACGGUUCCUCAUUAGCCAGAGAGCCUCUGUGCGUCUGCAGGGAGGACAGGCCCUCAUCACCUUCGAGGAAGAGAAAGUGGCCUGUCAGAUCCUGAAGAUACCAAAGUGCUCCGUGUCCUGUGAGCACAGCAGCGUGGACGUCAAACCAAAAAGAAUAACUAUGGAUCCUGCUGUGAAGUUUGAGGUCCUCCUCGAUGUUUCCAGAAAGGAGGUCAAUGUUCACAACAUCCCCACUUCCAUGCCAGAGGACAGAAUGAAGGACCGCCUUGAGCUGAGUUUCUGUAGGCCAAGCAGGGGAGGGGGGGAGGUGGAGAGGGUGGAGUACGACCAGAACGCUGGGUCAGGACAAAUCACCUUUCUCCACCCUAGAAUUGCUGAUGGCCUGGCCCUGAGAGGGACAUACCGACUGGAUGUGGAUUCUGAAGUGAACGUGCAGGUCGGACCAGUUUACAGUCACCAGCUGCGCAGGUUCCAGACCUUUUGUGGCUCUCCCAAGCGAACUGUCCUACUCGAGGACAUUGAGGACAAGGAAGAGGAGGAGGACCUGCAGGACCACCUGGAGAUCCACUUCCAGAAGCCCAGUAACUACGGCGGGGAGAUAGAGAGCAUCAGAUACCUCUCGGGGGGCAAGGCUCUGCAGGCCUUCUUCUGUGAGGACCAAAUGUAACUCCUACAUUUGCAACAUUUGCACACGUCUGUUUUUAAGAUUGUUUGGAAUCAAAAAAUCAUAUUUGUAAAAUGAUUGAUUAUGGUUUUCCUGCUGAGAAUAAGAUGAACAGAUGUUGUGAAUGAAUCUCUGUGCAUUCAAUAGAGGGUAUGCACUUCAUAAUAAAUCAUAUCAUAUCAUACAUUAA